CUCCAGAAGUUUCAGCAGAAGGCUGUGAAGCCAACUAAGCAGAAGAAAUCCACGUCGGCUGAAUUUCUGAUGGAAUGCACAGAAGCUGCAGAAGGUGCUGGGAAUCCAGGUUUUAACAUGAGCAGCCCAGAACUCUUGGCCCAUCAGACUCCAAAAGAGAAAGUUAUUAGACAUGACAUGCUGGGUCACACCCUUGCAGCUCAUCCACAAAAAUCCAGGCUGCCAGCUUCAGCAGGACCCAAAGGAAAUGAAUACGGCAGAAAUUACUUUGACCCACCGAUGGAGGAGGAAAUAAACUCAAGGCAGUGCCGGAUGGAGGUCAGCAGACGGGAUGGAUGGGUGGAGACACUGGAUCAUGAAAUGCUCAGUGACCCCAGUAAUAGCCAAGGUAUCCACAAAGAAGCUGAGGAGACCAUGCCCGCGUACACUGAAGAGUCUGAUAGGCAAGCUUGGAGAAGUAUCAUUCUGUGUGCAGACCCUCCAUCAGGACAGGAUUUGAAAUUUGAAAGGAAAGGACUCAGCCAGAACAUUCACAUGUCAUGUUUAAAGAAGGAAAAGCCAUUUGAGAAGGCUCCAAGUCAGCUGUGCACUGCAGAUGGGAAUCCCUAUACAAAGGGCAGUGUCAUGGAGCCAAAUUCGUGUCCAGAAGCAGCUAAAGAAUCCCAAAGAGCAGAAGGAGCUUGGCACAAGGGUGAGCAGUCUCAGUUGCUUCGUCUACAAAUACAAAUCAGCUGUAUUAGGGGCCUCAAGAACAAGGCUCCCCAAGGCUCCUACCUUCUCAGAGUGUCUCUGCUCAAUCAGCUGGGGAGCUGUGUCUCACAGUGGUGUCAAACUGAGCAGCUGAAGGUGAUAACACGUCCAGUUCAUCAUGGUGGCAACUUUUAUGAUGUGGGGCUGUAUUUCCAUGAAAGACUUUCUGUGGUACUCCCUCAAAGGAAAUCUGUGAGACCUGGCAUGUGUUUUUUGUUCGAACUCUUCCUUCUCCAUGGAACAUGUGCUUACAGUGACCUGGUUGUGGGCUGGACGGCAUUUCCCAUAUGUGAUAACAACUUCCGGAUAGUGGAGGGAAAAUUCAAGUGUCCCCUUCUCCGAGGAAAUUAUGACCAGAAACUGGACAGCUUCAGGAAAAUUGAAGAUUUGAUUUGCCAAGAUUUGGACCGGUGGCUGUGCAAUCUGUAUUUUCAGGUAAUUAAAACUCCUUUGCAUUUGGAUGAUCAAAAAAGCCAUGAGAGCCGCAGGCAGCUUUCUCCUGAACAUCCUGUGUGCUUAAUGGCAGAAGCAGAGAACACAGAAUUUGAUUUGGAUAAUACAGCUGGCCCUUCAAAGAGAGAAGCCCCGGGAAACAUUCAUGCUGCAAUGGACAGCUCCAUCAGUUCUUCUCAGGGGAACAUUUCUAAUAAAACAGACCCUGGCCCUAGGGACUGUGAUCUCAGCCUCUUCAAAGAAGUCCAUGACUCCCACUCUAAGGGAGAUCAUUCUGUGAAGAAAAGAUCUUCUCUGUGGAGACCUGGAGAGCCUGAAGAUUAUUCAGGAGAUACAUCUUACCUGGAGGAACUGGAGAAACAUCGAAUUUCAGUUUACUGCUCUUCCACUGCAGAUGACUGUGGAUCUGGAUCUGGAGAGUUAGCAAAGCACCUCCACUUUGCAUCUGUGUCCUUGUUUUCAGAACUUGAGUUAGCUCAAUGGCAGAGCCAGGGCUUCUGGUACCUCCUUCUGCUGAUGGCUUGUCUUUGGUUCCUGAGGCUCUACCUGCAUUACCUGGGCCAGUGGCUUUUCCUCUGGGCCCUUUCAACUCCAGUUACAAAAUUCCAGUUUUAUUCCUACACCGUUGAUCUCUGCUACUCCACGUCUUCCCUUCACAUUGGAGAAGAGCUGGCUGUGAUUGCACUGGGGCCUUUAGCUUUGAACACAAUAACAUUCCCCUUGCUUCUGAUCAGAUGGGGCUGUCAGCUCCUGUUCUCCUCCUGCCCGGAUGCCUUGUCAAAGCUAAUCAUCACAAUGGGACUAUGGACAGUUCUAGACCCAUUGGCAGUGUUUAUAGUGGAUACUUUCCUGGGGCGGCUUUCACACAAUGGGGAGACUCCUAUCGCAGAUGCAGCUAAACUCUACUGGAUGUUUGUGAGAACCAAGCACCCAGCCAUCCUCGGUGUUGUGAUCACAGUGGCACUUUACACUCUGCUGUUUGUCAUCUCUUCCUUGAUUUUGUACUUGUAUUGCCUCAGGUUGCACAAUGAGUCUUGGGUAUUAGAUGCAUUUCAGAGAAUCCACAGUGAGGAAGCCAAGUUCUUCAUACCAUACGAUUUGGAAAUUUCCAAUCAGGAGCUAAGUCACAUUAUGAAAAAGUCUCAUCAGUGGAGAGGGGUCAAUGGUGAGAGAAGGAAGGUAGCACUGCACGAUUACAUGUGCAAAAGCCAUGACGCCAAGCCCAGGGUCUCCAGCAGUGACCACCACCAUCAGGAUGGAAUUUCUGCAUCUGCAGUUCGUCCAGGAGGGGUUACUUCCCACAUAUCUAUAUACACUGUUUAUCCCAGUGGGUUUCAAGAGUUAUAUCGCCAUUUUCUGAGGCUCCCAGAUGGCGCCAUCGUUGAGGUAUUUGGUGACAUCAGUGCCUUGAAGUUUGUCCCCAUCAAAGUGAUCACAGCUAUUGAAGAACAAAUAAGGGAAAUGGAUACUGUGCAGAGAGAAAUCUUUGCUACUCUCCAAGAGAAAUAA